AUGCUCAACAGAGCUUUACGAUUGCAAGAUAUUGAAAUCAUCAUCGAAAUGGGAUGGUUUCUUCGAGAUCUUCAUCGGCAAAUUGAGCAAUUAUAUUUAACAUCCGAUCACACGAACAUAUUCACUGUCUAUCGAGGACAGGGCAUGUUAAAUGCUGAAUUUGAAAAGAUAAUUGCUAGUAAAGGUGGCCUGUUGUCAUUCAAUAACUUUUUGUCGACAAGUAACGAUCGACAAGUUUCAUAUACUUUUGCUGUUAGCGCACGACAAAAUCCAAAUCUGACGGGAAUAUUGUUCGAAAUGACAGUCGACCCACGCGUUUCUACAACACCGUUCGCUUCAAUUUCUGCGAUCAGUAGUUUUCCUGACGAAGAAGAAGUUCUUUUCGCAGUGCAUACUGUUUUCCGAUUAGAUGAUCUACAACAAAUCGAUGAUAGAUUAUGGCAAGUUAAUUUAACACUCACGAACGACGUUGAUCAACAAUUGACGCAACUUGCCAAAUAUAUGCAAAAAGAAAUUGAAGGCAACACUGGAUGGGAACGUUUAGCCUCUUUAAUGCUCACAAUGGGCGAAUACAAUAAAGCAGAAGAUAUUUAUAAAAACCUCCUUGAAACAUCAUUGGAGGAUGAUCUAGAAAAACAUGUCUGCCUUUUGGAAGGAUUUGCGCGUGCUUUAUUUCACACUGGCCAUCUCACACAGGCACUUUCAGUUUGGGAGAGUACCACCAACAUUCGAGAGAAGUCCUUUCCGUCGAACUAUUUCAAUCUAUCUCUUGAUUAUCGACGUUUAGGCGCGGUACAUGGUUCGUUAGAAUAUUACCCAACAGCAAUAUCAUAUUAUCAAAAAACUCUUGACAUCCAGGAAAAAUAUUUUCCUGACAAUUACCCUGAAUUGGCUUCGACUUACAAUAACAUGGCAUGGACGUGUUGUCUGACAGGACAAAAUGAGAAUGCUCUUCUCUAUUGCGAGAAAUCCAUUGAAAAUUAUCAAAAAUCGACUCCAUCCAUUCAUCCACACCUAUCGACUGCAUAUGAUACAAUGGGUAAGAUAUAUUACUCGAUGGGAGAUUAUCCAAACGCAAUCUUGUACUACUUGAAGACUAUGGAUAUCCAGAAAAAAUCUCUACAACCAAAUCAUCCUUUGUUAGCUAGUGGUUAUUUCCACAUUGGCGCAGUUUACCGGGCAAUGGAAGAACACACUACAGCGCUUUCAUACUACGAAAAGACACUUGAAAUUCGGCUGAAAGUAUUUGAUUCGCAUCAUCUUGAUUUAGCUGCCAUUUUCAAUGAUAUUGGUGAAUUAUACUAUUCUAUGAACAAGUAUUCUAUUGCACUGACAAAUUUUGAGAAAGCACGAGAAAUUCUACAAAAAUCACUUCCACCUACUCAUUCGAUGUGUGUCAACAAUAAAAGGAACAUUGAUUCAGUACGCGAAUUAGUUAGAGAACGAUAG